AUGUCGAAGCUUACACUGUCGUUCAUUUUAAUAUUCACAGUGCACAUUCAAUCGGAAUCAAUUUAUCAUGUUGUGGAGAAACUCCAGGAAGAAUUCGAUAUUUAUACCUUGUUACACUUUGCAAGCAACGGAACUGUUGAUGCCUUCAAUUCCCCAAAUAUACCUCAAGUGGUCAUCGGAAAUGAAACAGCCACCGAUUUGAGAGGAUCUCAAGGACAAAGGGUCUUGAGUUUCAUUCGACUAGAUGAAAUUGGUCUCGGAGAGUUGAAUGAAAUCAUUAAACCUUCGUUACUGAAUCUCCAUUUGGCCGAUAUUCUAUUUUACACCAAUACAACUUGGUCAGAAGCAAACGAAUGGCAGUGGCUUUUUGAGUGGUGUUGGGUGGAAGGAUUCUGGCGCAUCUUGUUAAUGAAUGAGGUGGAUCAGUUUCUGUCCAUGGAUUGUAUACCGGAAAUGAGCAUAAAAAGUGUAACUCUCAAUGAGUAUCUUGCCAUGAGAAAACAUCGGGUCAAAAACCUACAGGGAUACCCCGUGAAAGUGGCUGUCGGUCACAGUCCACCGCGUGUAAGCGCCUUCUUCGAUGAUGAGGGGAUUUUACAAUUGGGAGGCUUCUAUGGUACCAUUGUAAACAUGUUCAUUGAACAAUUCAAUGCCUCGAUGGACUAUGUGCUAAUGCCAAAUAUGUCCACAUAUUCCGUCCUAAGUUGCAUAGAUUCUAUUUUGGAACAAAGUUCGGAUAUUUGCAGUGAUGCCAUUUUGUAUGGCAAUGGCAUUGAAACCACUCGGCCGCUGUACGUUGUAUCGAGCCAUUUGGUGGUGCCCUUCGAUAAGCCCCUGGAAAAUUACAAUUAUUUUCGUAAGCCGUUCACCAUUGACGUGUGGUUUUGCAUUUUAAUAACUUUCGUAUCGACCGUCGUACUGCUGAUGUUAAUCGAAUACAAGGAGUAUGGCCAUCUGCGCUUGGUCAAUAGUAUCUUUACGACAUUUUCGAGUCUGAUAGGCGGCUCGUUUAGUGUUGAGCAUUUUUCGGACAAGUACCACUAUGGUCUGGAGACAAUUUUAAUUUUUAGCGGUUUCAUGCUCUCCAACUACUAUUUGGCUGUUCUAUCGUCUCUAUUACUUACAAAAAUCUAUGAGAGAGAAAUAGAGAGUAUACAAGAUGUUUUGAGUCACAACCUAACAAUUAUGACCACCGAAUUCCAGCAGUAUGUUUUGGAGGUAACUAAGGCACCGGAGCAAAUAAGGCAGCAGACGGUGGUCUUCUCCGAGGAAGAGGCUGUGGAUAAUAUGCGAAAACUAAAUACGGAAUAUGUUUAUUUUGGAAUAAAUGCCGAAAUCGAUUUCUUUCUGUAUCAGCAGAAAUACUUGUCUCGACCCCGAAUGAAGAAAUUGGCAGAUGAGGCGGUGACUACCGACAUUGGUGAAAUUCCAAUGCGUGCCUAUUGGCCGCUGCAGGAUCUGCUCAUGUCCCAUAUGGAAAAUGUCUUCUGUAGCGGCAUAAUAAUGUAUCUCGAGACGGAAACUUUUGAGGAGGGCAUACGUCGAGGCGAUAUAUCCUUUAUACCGAACCGAGAUUUAUAUGUUGAGCCUUUGUCAUUGGAAUAUUUCGUUUUGUGUGGAUUACUUUUGGCCGGCGGUUAUUCGUUGUCCGUGUUGUGUUUUGUGGUAGAAAUUAUUGUUUACAAAUAUCGUGGAAAGAAAUAA